GACGCACUUGCUAAAUCAACGAUUCACUUUAAACGCCGCUUGUAUAAUCUAAAUCUGAACAUUGGCCGGCGAGCUCCGAUUUGAUUUUCCGUUGACAGAGAUAAUGAGGAAGUGGACGAUCCCGUUCGUCCUGUUUUUGUUAUGCCUUAUUUUCCUCGUUCCAGAUCAAGGUCGAAGGAUACAGGCAAAUGCAGAAGCUGAUUCUGAUGCCCCAGUAGAUCCACCAAAGGUUGAGGAAAAGCUUGGUGCUGUUCCUAAUGGUUUAUCGACUGAUUCUGAUGUCGCUAAAAGGGAAGCUGAGUCUAUGUCAAGGAAAUCUCUCCGGGCUAAUGCGGAGAAGUUUGAGUUCCAGGCCGAGGUAUCUCGGCUUAUGGACAUCCUUAUCAACUCCCUUUACAGUAACAAGGACAUCUUCUUGAGGGAGCUGAUUUCCAAUGCUUCUGAUGCAUUGGACAAGAUCAGGUUCCUUGCACUCACUGACAAGGAAGUUCUUGGUGAAGGUGAUAAUACUAAGCUCGAGAUUCAGAUUAAACUCGAUAAAGAAAACAAAAUUCUUUCCAUUCGUGACAGAGGUGUUGGUAUGACGAAGGAGGAUCUAAGAAAGAAUUUGGGGACCAUAGCUAAAUCUGGAACUUCAGCGUUUGUUGAGAAGAUGCAGACAAGUGGUGACCUUAACCUGAUUGGGCAAUUUGGUGUUGGGUUCUACUCUGUGUAUCUUGUGUCUGACUAUGUUGAAGUCAUCAGCAAGCACAAUGAUGACAAACAAUAUGUCUGGGAAUCAAAGGCUGAUGGAGCAUUUGCCAUUUCUGAGGAUACAUGGAAUGAACCUCUUGGCCGUGGAACUGAAAUUAGACUGCAUCUAAGAGAUGAAGCUGGGGAAUAUUUGGAUGAGUACAAACUAAAGGAAUUGGUGAAGAAAUAUUCUGAAUUCAUCAACUUCCCUAUAAAUUUAUGGGCAAGCAAAGAGGUUGAGAAGGAAGUUCCUGCUGAUGAGGAUGAGUCUGUUGAAGAAGACGAAACAUCUGAAAGCAGUUCCUCUGAGGAAGAGGGAGAAGAAGAAGAUGCAGAGAAGGCUGAUGAUGAGAAAAAGCCUAAAACUAAGAAAGUGAAGGAGACCACAUAUGAGUGGGAGCUUCUAAAUGACAUGAAAGCUAUAUGGCUUCGGAAUCCAAAGGAAGUAACGGAUGAAGAAUAUACAAAGUUUUAUCACUCCUUGGCUAAGGAUUUCAGUGACGACAAACCCAUGGCUUGGAGUCACUUCAAUGCUGAAGGUGAUGUAGAGUUCAAAGCUGUUCUAUUUAUCCCUCCUAAGGCCCCUCAUGAUUUAUAUGAGAGCUACUACAACUCAAAGAAAUCCAACGUGAAGUUAUAUGUCAGACGUGUCUUCAUCUCAGAUGAAUUUGAUGAGUUGUUACCCAAGUACUUGAAUUUCCUAAUGGGUCUAGUUGAUUCCGACACCUUGCCCCUCAAUGUUUCCAGAGAAAUGCUUCAGCAGCACAGCAGUUUGAAAACAAUUAAGAAAAAACUCAUCCGUAAGGCCCUUGACAUGAUCCGCAAACUUGCCGAAGAGGAUCCAGAUGAAACUAAUGACAAGAAGAAAGAUGUUGAAGAGUCCAGUGAUGAUAAUGAGAAGAAAGGUCAAUAUGCUAAAUUCUGGAAUCAAUUUGGAAAGUCGAUAAAGCUUGGUAUUAUAGAGGAUGCAACUAACAGAAACCGCUUAGCUAAACUUCUCCGAUUUGAGACCUCUAAAUCAGAUGGUAAAUUAACUUCACUCGACCAAUACAUCUCAAGAAUGAAAUCUGGUCAAAAGGAUAUCUUCUACAUCACUGGAGCUAGCAAAGAGCAGUUGGAGAAAUCUCCCUUCCUCGAGAGGCUUAAUAAGAAAGACUAUGAGGUCAUAUUCUUCACGGAUCCUGUAGAUGAAUACCUCAUGCAAUAUCUUAUGGAUUAUGAGGAUAAAAAGUUCCAGAAUGUGUCCAAAGAGGGAUUAAAGCUUAAGGAUUCGAAAACCAAAGAGCUCAAGGAGUCAUUCAAGCCACUAACCAAGUGGUGGAAGACUACUCUUGCUAGUGACAACGUUGAAGAUGUCAAGAUUAGCAACCGUUUGGCUGACUCCCCUUGCGUAGUGGUGACAUCAAAAUACGGUUGGAGUUCAUAUAUGGAGAAAAUUAUGCAUUCACAAACUCUCUCAGAUGCAAGCAGGCAGGCAUACAUGCGUGGUAAAAGGGUGCUUGAAAUCAACCCUAGGCACCCAAUUAUCAAAGGGCUUCUGGAGAAAGUAGUAACUGACCCAGAGGAUGAGAGUGUGAAGCUGACAGCAAAACUUAUUUACCAAACAGCUUUAAUGGAGAGUGGCUUCGAGCUCAGUGAUCCAAAGAAUUUUGCCUCCCAAAUCUACAGCUCAGUUAAGAGCAGUCUAAACAUUAGCCCUGAUGCAACAGUCGAUGAAGAAGAAGACGUAGCUGAAGAACCUGAGGCUGAAACCAAAGCAGAAGAGUCUGCAUCUGAAGAUUCUGAAGUCAAGGAUGAGCUAUAGAUUAUCCUAAGAAAUGUUCCUUUUUCUCGGAAAGAAAACGUUGUUGUGCUAAAUUUCUCAACACGUGAAGAAUGCAGGAAUAGUUUAGUUCAUAGGUUAAACUUCAAGAAUUUUGUCAGUCUUGCAUUUUCGCUGUUUGUGUGUAUGAGCUUUUCACAAAUUUGCUUGAGUAACAAAUCUGCAAGGUCUUAUUUUUCCUUGUGAGAACUGGCAAAA